AUGUCACGGAGGGCUGUGCCGCGCAAGUCAUACUUUGAGGAUGAUGAGGACUCGGCGGAUGAGCUGGCGCCCCCUGCUAAGAAGAAACUCAAGGGCAUUGCAGCAGCGGGGGAGGAGGGCGAGGAGGAGGAUGAAGACAUGCUGCCCGCAGGGGACGGAGCAGAGGGGGCGGAGGCGGACGCAGAGGCGGAGGGGGAUGUGGUGGAGCGGGUGCUGUGGCACCAGCCGCUGGGGCGGAGUGAGGAGAUGCGGGCAGAAGGGAAACCUACAGGGCCGUGUGUGUUGGAGUAUGAUGUGAGCGAGGCGAUCGAUUGGGAGCAGCAGGAGCUGUAUGUGAAGUGGAAGGGGCGCUCGUUCCUGCACUGCGACUGGCUGCCAAUUUCCACCCUCUCCACGCUGCCAGGGUUCAAGAAGGUGCAGAACUACAUGAAGCGGGCGGACGACGAGAGGCGGUACCGCCUGAGCGUGUCAGCGGAGGAGGUGGAAGCACUGAACGUGGGCAGAGAGAUGGAGCUGGACCUGCUCAAGCAGUACUCGCAGGUGGACCGAGUGGUGGCGGAACGGCCAGCCAAGGCAGCAGCAGGGGAGGCGGGGCGGGAGGGCGAUGAGGUCAGCAGCUACGAGUUCUUUGUCAAGUGGAAGGGGCUCUCCUACUCCGAAGCCACCUGGGAGGCGGAGGCGGACAUAGAGAGUGCGCGGGAUGCAAUAGACGAGUUCAAGGCGAGGGAGGCGGGAGCACUGGUGGUGGGCAAGAGCGUGGAAGCACAGCGGAAGAGCUGCCGAAACAUGAGCAAGCUGGAGGUGCAGCCGGAGUGGCUCAAGGGCGGCACGCUGAGGGACUACCAGCUCAUGGGUCUCAACUUCCUCAUCCACAGUUGGAUGAAGGACACGAGCGUCAUUCUGGCGGACGAGAUGGGGCUGGGCAAGACCGUGCAGUCCGUCUCCAUGCUCGGCUUCCUCUUUCACAUGCAGCAGAUACAGGGCCCGUUCCUGAUAGUGGUGCCGCUCUCCACCAUGAGCAACUGGGAGCGGGAGCUGCGCCGCUGGCUGCCCUCCCUAAACGUUGUUCUCUACGUUGGCAACCGCGCCUCCAGAGAGGUGGUGCAGCAGUACGAGUUCUGGCAGGCAGCGGGCAGGAAGGGCGGGCGGCAAACCAAGUUCCAUGCGCUGCUGACAACGUACGAGGUGGUGCUCAAGGACAAGGCCGUGCUCGCCCCCAUCCGCUGGAACUACCUCAUGGUGGACGAGGCGCAUCGCCUCAAGAACUCUGAAGCGGCGCUCUAUACCACACUCAUUAGCUUCCAUGCGCGCAACAAGCUGCUGAUCACCGGCACGCCCCUGCAGAACAGCGUGGAGGAGCUCUGGGCGCUGCUGCAUUUCCUGGACGACAAGAAGUUUGCCGACAAGGAGGAGUUCUCAGCCAAGUACAAACACCUGCUCGAGAACCAGAGCGAGAAGGAGAUCACGUCACUGCACCAGGAGCUGCGCCCGCACAUGUUGCGGCGGGUGAUCAAGGACGUCGAGAAGUCGCUGCCGCCCAAGAUUGAACGCAUCCUGCGCGUCGAAAUGUCGCCGCUGCAGAAACAAUACUACAAGUGGAUACUGGAGCGCAACUUUCAGGACCUGAACAAGAACGCGCGCAGCAACCAGGUGUCCCUCCUUAACAUUGUGGCAGAGCUCAAGAAGUGCUGCAACCACCCCUUCCUCUUCGAGAGCGCUGACUACGGCUAUGGGGGCGGGGCGGCGGCCGGGGCGCUGGAUGCGCAGGGCAAGGCGCAGCGGAUCGUGCUGGGCAGUGGGAAGACGACUCUGCUGGAUAAGCUGCUCACUCGGCUCAAAGAACGGGCCACCGUGUUCUCAUCUUCUCCCAGGUGGGUGUUAUUUGGGCAAGGCGCAGCGGAUCGUGCUGGCAGUGGGAAGACGACUCUGCUGGAUAAGCUGCUCACUCGGCUCAAAGAAACGGGCCACCGUGUUCUCAUCUUCUCCCAGAUGGUGCGCAUGUUGGACAUUCUAGCCGACUACCUGGCUUUGCGUGGCUUCCAGUUCCAGCGCCUGGACGGCAGCACGAGGGCGGACCUGCGGCAGCAGGCAAUGGAGCACUUCAACGCGCCUGGCAGUGACGACUUCUGCUUCUUGCUCUCCACGCGUGCUGGUGGAUUGGGGAUCAACCUCGCCACGGCGGACACGGUUAUUAUCUUUGACUCCGACUGGAACCCGCAGAACGACCUGCAGGCCAUGAGCCGCGCUCACAGAAUAGGCCAACAGGACGUGGUGAACAUCUACCGGUUCGUGACGAGUGGCAGUGUGGAGGAGGACAUAUUGGAGCGCGCCAAGCGCAAGAUGGUGCUGGACCACCUCGUCAUCCAGAAGCUUAAUGCGGCUGGGCGAUUGGAGAAGACCACCAGCAAGAAGAGCAGCUCCAUGUUCGAUAAGAACGAGUUGGCGGCCAUUCUGCGGUUCGGAGCAGAGGAGCUGUUCAAGGAGAAAGUGAGCGAGGAGGAGGGGGCGAGCCGGUUGGAGAAUCUGGACAUUGAUGAGAUCCUGGCACGCGCUGAGAAGAUCGACAGCAGCACUGCUGGGGAGGGCGCUAAUGAACUGCUCUCUGCCUUCACUGUGGCGAAUUUCAGCAGCACAGAAAAUGAUGCCGCGUUUUGGAGCCGACUCAUUCAAGCGGCACCAGCGGAGGAGGAGAAGGCUCUCGGGCCGCGCUCCUCCCGCCGCAACGCCACCUACACGGGCGAUGGGCUGCUGGGGGAGGCGGAUGAUGAGGACGAGGAUGGAAGGGAGGGCAGGGGCGGUAGGCGGGGCGGGAAGGACGGUGGGGGGAAGAGGAAGCGGGGGCGGAGGGAGCAGGGGGAUGGGGGUGGGGAGGAGGGCGGGUAUCCUGCUGCUGCGCCUGCUGUGGAAGGGGCGCUGCGAGAUGCGAACGCGUUCGUGAAGGCAGUGCGGCGGUACGGGGGAGCGGAGCGGGUGGCACAAAUGACAGCGGAGGCCGGCGGAGCACUAGAGGCAGCGAGCGAAGCAGAGCGGCGGUCCCUCCACUCCCUGCUCAUGCAGGCCUGCAAAGACACGGUGCGAGCCGCCGCCGCAGCAGAGGACGACGAAGCACUGGGAGCAGGCGGAGCAGCAGCAGCAGCGGCAGCAGCAGCCGCAGGAGGGGCAGCAGCAGGGAAAGUCCCUCUGCUGGAUUUUUUCGGUGUGGCUGUGAAAGCACCGGAGCUGCUGCAGCGGGUGAAGGAAUUACAGUUCCUGGCGAAGCGGGUGGAGCGAGUGAGCGACCCUGUGAAGCAGUUCCGCCUGCGGUCGCAUGCGCGCGUGCCCUCGUGGGCCAAGACCACUUCGUGGACGCCUGUGGAUGAUGCGAGGCUGCUGCUAGGGGUGCAUUUCCAUGGGUUUGGCAACUGGGAGCAGGUUCGGCUGGAUGAACGGCUGGGAUUGGAGAAUAAGAUUGCGCCGCCGGGAUCGACGGGUGGGAUUGGGGGAGGUGGAGAGGGGAAGCUGCCGAGGGGGAGUCAUUUGGAUGCAAGGGCGUCUGCCCUGCUGCGCAAGGAGCUGGAGGCAGAUCCGCACCACGCCAAGGCUGCAGCAGCAGCCAACGCCCUCAAGGUCAAGAUCAAGGAGCUGGAGGCAGAUCCGCACCACGCCAAGGCUGCAGCAGCAGCCAACGCGUUAAAGGUCAAGAUCAAGGACAGUGUGCUGCAGCGGCUGAAGCGGCUGCAGACGCGGCAGGAGCUGUCACCCAAGGAGGUGACGCAGAAGGUGAAGAAGUACCUGCGACAGCUGGGCCAUGAGAUCGACAGCGUCUUGAAGAGAGAGGCUGCUGAUGCCACACUCCCACGCUCGCACCUACAGAGGAUCUCUGAAGACCUGUGGGAUUAUGUGGCUCUGCACUCGCACCUGUCCGGCACUCGACUGGCCGACAUCUACCGCAAGCUGAGAGAUGACCAUGCCCGAGAUUCUCGUGAUGCCCGCCCCCCUCGCCCGCCGCCCCCCCCUGCUCUGUCUGACGCCCGUGCGUCGAGAAUGGGGGCUGGUGCUGGUACCGGCCGGGGCGAGGAUGGGGAGGUGGUGAAAGGGGCGGUGCGGGGUGCUGGUGGUGUGGGUAAGUGGGCGGGUGGAGGGGACAGGGAGGUGGAGGCAGGGGAGUUGGGGGCGGUAGCAGAGGAGGGCAUGGUGCAGGAGUGA